AGCUUCAACUUGAGGUGCAACUCUUCUUGCUUCCGUGAGCACCAUAUGCCUUAUGUAGUUCAUGGGCUCUCGAACAAGGAGUUGGGUACGCAAACUCCGCAAUCCUUGGUGGCGACAAUCCUUGUUCACGACAGAGAAUCUUCCACAAGGCUUGCAUAAAGCUCAUCUGUACAAAUUAAGAAACGUUUGUACUUAGAAAGAGUUAUUUACAUUUUUUUGCGUUAUAACGGCACAAUGUCACAAAUUUACCAUUGUUUGAACAGAUUGUAGUCGAAAGGAAUUGCGGAC